ACAUGGCACACCACUAGCACCCGUCACUUGUCUAUAAAAAGAAAGCGAAACCUUUCUACUGUGACUACACCAUUUGCGUAUCUCCAGCAAAGGCAUGGCUCUGAAGAUUGCCUCUCUAGUGUCAUAUAGCAGCUCUCUCCGCUGCGCUGCUGGGUCUCCGCUCCGGGCUUGGGCUGCCUCCAGAACCGGUGUCAAGUUCAUGCACAGUUUAACUUCGGGAGCCUCCUGUCAGCUCAGAGGAAAUCCAGCACCACGUCCCAUCUGCUGCUCUUUAUAUCGAGAGUCUGCGCCGAAGUUUUCUACAACACCUGCCUUUUGGAAGUCAAGCCAGACAGGAGGGCUCUCAUCGCCCCGCGGCAGGGGGCACUGGCUGGGCACAGUUGCCCUUGGCACUGCUCUGGGAGUCAGCUCUGCAGCUCUGAUCCAGUCACUCCACACAGGGACGUUUGCUGCCAUGCCCCUGAAAGUUAACUUGAACUCUGCUGAAGGGGAUUGGAAAGAAACCAAGGAUUUCCUGCUGUCAUUGAAGGAUAAACGUCCAUAUUAUCGGACCUCCAAGUUUGUGCCGCUGGAGGACAUCCCAUUGUGGACUCCUUCUGGAGGUGCAGAGCAGAGUAAAUACCCACGGAACCCAAAGUUAGAUCAGAAAAUUUCGGUUUUCAGUGGAGACAUCACUGCUCUGGAGAUUGAUGCUGUUGUUAAUGCAGCCAACAACUCUCUACUUGGAGGAGGAGGAGUGGACGGAGCCAUCCAUCGAGCCGCUGGUCCCUUGCUGAAGAAAGAGUGUGCCUCUCUGAAUGGCUGUGAGACCGGACAAGCCAAGAUUACCUGUGCGUACGGCCUCCCUGCCAAGUAUGUGAUCCAUACAGUGGGGCCGAUUGCACAAGGGCAAGUGGGAGAAGCUGAGAAGAGGGCUCUCAGGUCCUGCUACAAGAACAGCCUGCAGACAGCCACAGAUUGGGGGGCGCGAUCAGUGGCUUUCCCUUGCAUCUCAACAGGAAUCUACGGAUAUCCACCGGAGCAGGCCGUGCACGAGGCAUUAGCCACUGUGAGGGAUUUUCUGGAUGAGCACCAUGAAAAGAUGGACAGAGUCAUCUUCUGUGUCUUCCUACCGACAGAUAAGGACUUGUACCUGCACAAUCUCCCGCUGUACUUCCCCGCUGAUGCUGUUGUCAGGAGUAAACUGUGAGUGGAGUGGUUUUGUCAGGUUUGGUUGCUGUGGAUACACAACUCUAGCUCUCCCUCCUGUCUCCCUUCAUUGUUGACGCAGAUCACAGCCCCUCUGAAGCAGGAAAAUAAGUCCACAAAAGAGGCUUUAUAUGGUCAUUCUGCAGAUGUUUAUACAUUUUUAUUGUUUUUUUGUUAAUGACUGAAGAUGUAAGAGCUGUAUUGAUGUCUGAGAAUCUGUAUCUCUGAUGAAGUUCCAAAUAGAGAAUUGUCUAAAUUUAAAUUAUUGCCCCUUUAACCCUAACUGACAUAAAUUCAAAAUAUAUAUAUAAAUAUAUAUAUUCAGAUUUUCACUCCACAUUGCUUAUUUUUUACAGUUUGGUUUCUGUCACAGCAAAUGCUUCACCAAAUGAUUUUGCUUGCAGAGAUGGUGUUUGUGUGUUCUAAAACCUUUGACUGAUCUAAGUAAACAUUAGCGUAGUGUCUCCUGUUUGUCUCCAGUCAGCCAUUGUUUUAUCUUCCACCUGGCCUCUACAGCUGUUUAUAUUGUUCAUACAUGUCCCAUGCCUGUCCUGCCCACCUGGCACAGGGACAUGUUCUGCCCAGACAACAUGUAGCCGCUUCAGCUGCUACCUUUCCCUCCAUAGACUCUUUAUUGUGCUGCUCUCUCCAGUCUGCGCCAAGCCCAUCUCCUUCUGCACCUGAUUCUUUUUGCAAACUCAUUGCAACAUGCCAGAAUCAGACUGGUGGUGGAGACUAAUCGGUCUGAAAAGCCCUUAACUUGUAAUCGUGUGUCAUUACUGUUUAGCUUUUGUGUUAACCUCGAGGCAACCAGUGAAUAAUGUGUCUUGUGUGAGAGAUGUGAAUAUUGAGAUUCUUGUGUGCAUGCAAGAGGCGAUGACAAAAGCUUAUUAAAACUAAUCACACUCGGGCGUGUGGUGUGUAUGAAUUGAUUAUUUCUGUGGCUGCGAAACGAGACGGUGAGCAUGCUGCCCCGGGGGACCACUCCACAUGAAUAUUUGCCUCUUGCCUGUGUAUUUAUGUAAAGGAGAGGCAAUAAGAGACACAUUGUAACCAGAGGUAGCACAACUCUGUCAGUGUUUUAUUUGAAAUAUGAUUGCACCUGUUCAAAAUAUCCCCCUCUUUAUUUGCCUGUGCAUCUUCCUGUCAGGGCUCACCAUAUGGCUCAUAGCAGCGUGUCUGUAUGGGACUUUAAUUGUUUGUAGACGUCACGUGGCGGGGAGCAGAGCACACAUGUGGCUAUGCACAAAUCCAAAUGAUUGUGUUUAGCGAGGCACCGUCCCGCCCAGUGACUUUCAUCUGCCAACAACGAUCUUUAUUGAUUCUGGACAAUCUGCUGUGUUAGAAGAAGGAGGAGCUGGACGACUGGAAAAACAAGAAAGAAUAUUGAGAGAAAAGACCCUCUUUUCUAUAAAAGUAUCUUCUGCCACAAAGGCUCUUUCCUCUCCUGAGCUCUUUGAUUCCCUGCGUGUCUGGGCCUCACUUCCUCGCUCUCCGGGAUGUGAAAAAAGUAAACAGAUGGUAGACUGAGAUAGAGGAAAGAUGUUCAAACUGAGAGAGUGAAAGGGAGAGGAUAGUGAAAGGAUAAAUCUAGCCACAAGAGGUAACAAGCCAGUCCCAAACCUGGAUAAUAUAAAGACUCCUUAGAGAAAAGCCCCUAAAACUGAUGAUUGAUUGGUUUAAUUAAUCACCGGCUGUUCUGCACAUAUUGAUUAGUAGCUCUGUUAUUUUCUAUGCUUUUUCUAUUACUAGACAUAAGAAGUGUGAUUGAUGAACAAGUGUUUGAUUUUCAUAAAAAGGUUGUUGGCGAGUAAUUAUAGGGUAGACUUCAAACCCUGGUUGAUACAGUUUCUGUCACAUCAAAAAUCCAGACAUACGGGGUCAUUAGUGUACUCUUUGAGUCAGUGCCAAACCUGGAUAGAAUUUUUUUUUUCUGCCUGUUAGUUUACACUGAGUUACAAAGGUUAAUUAAUUUGUAUGAAUCUGUAGUAAUAGGUUAACAAUGAAUGUCCAGUUCAAAAUCCAAUCAGCACGCAAGGCCAUGCCCUGUAAGCAGAUGAUUUGAGAAGCCACCUCAAAGACAUAGGAGGGAACAAAAAGAUGGAGGGGGUUGCAAAGGCUGAUAAGUUAAUUUAAAGGCACAACGCUUUUUAAAAAAUAGGCAGCAGACUGUGAAGACUUUCUCCAACCAGUCACUUUUCAGAGUAAUGAGAGGAGAGACAAGGAACGAAAAGACAAGACUCAUUAUCCUACCAGCAAUUUUCAUCACUGUCCCGUCAGCACCCCCCCUCCCCAAAGCAACCACGCCCCCAGCACCACUGAUUUAGAUUCCUCUUUGUUUGAGACAUGACAGUAGAAGUCCAAUUAUGCAACCUGUUUAAUGUAAAGCUGAUCGCCUACUAUCAUCCUGAACUGAUAGUAAUAUCUACAAUUGAAGUUGAAUUUUGGGCAGUGGAAUAACCAACUUUUGUAUGUUAUAUUUGAAGGAGAACAAAGCGGUGUGCUUGGGUCCUGUCUGGACUGUAGUGUGUGUUUGAUCAUGAUUUUAGCCCAAUUACUGCUGUUGUCUGUUCCAUCCACUGCCAUCUAACAGGUUACUGCCUCGUCAACAUUUUCCCUGGCACUUCAACAUUUGUGUUUCUAUUUCACUUGUUCUUUCAGCAAGAAAAACUAAAUCUACUUGCUAUUUGUAUUUUUUGGCCUUAACACUGUGUCAUUAAAUGAAAGCAUUUUUA